CUCUAAUUCUCCAUCAAAACAAUAACUUACACAUCACCCCCCUACUUGUUUCUCUCUCUAUCCAGUAUCCCCCUCUCUCGAUCUUUACGGCUUCAAAAUCUGUAUCUAUUGAUCUUCAUAAGCCUCGAUUAUCGCUAACUGAUUUCGCUGUCGAUUCAGUUUAGGGAUUUACAGAUCUGUUUUUCGGUUCAAUAUGUUUUGGAAGCUCACACAACUUUCCUGUUCUCCGUCAAGGUUGAAGAAGUGUUAGACAAGGAAAACUUCACAUUGGAAGAGCUUCUUGAUGAAGAAGAGAUAAUCCAAGAAUGCAAAGCUUUGAAUAGCCGCCUGAUAAAUUUUUUGAGAGACAGAGCUCAAGUUGAGCAGUUGCUACGAUACAUUGUUGAAGAGCCUUCCGAGGAUGCUGAUAGCAAAUGGAAGUUUAAGUUCCCUUUCAUUGCAUGUGAGAUAUUCACUUGUGAAAUUGAUGUCAUCCUUAAGACUUUAGUGGACGAUGAAGAGCUAAUGGAUUUGCUCUUUUCAUUCUUGGAGCCCAACCGUCCUCAUUGUGCGUUGCUUGCUGGGUAUUUUAGUAAGGUUGUGGUGUGCCUCAUGUUGCGGAAGACUAUUCCACUUAUGAAUUAUGUCCAGACCCAUCAUGAUGUUUUCCGCCAGAUGGUAGAUUUGAUUGGUAUUACAUCCAUAAUGGAGGUUUUGGUGCGACUUGUAGGCGCUGAUAUCUACCCCAAUACUAAGGAUGUAAUGCAAUGGUUGGCUGACAGCAAUUUAUUAGAAAUGAUUGUGGAUAAAUUGAGCCCCUCUAGUUCUCCAGAAGUACAUGCUAAUGCAGCAGAGACUCUAUGCACAAUAACCCAGAACGCACCAUCUCCUCUUGCUACUAAGCUAUCUAGCCCAAGUUUUGUAGCAAGGAUAUUCAAUCAUGCCCUUGAAGACUCACAUUCAAAGUCUGCCCUUAUACAUUCAUUAUCUGUAUGCAUAGCCUUGCUGGAUCCUAAAAGAUCAAUUCCAUCUCCCAUGGUGUAUUCUUACCGCUGCCAGCAUGAGUCAUCUGUGUGUUUCAAUCCUGAGACCAUCAGUGCAAUGCUGCCCAAACUCGGCGACUUGCUAAAGCUGUUGAACAUAUCAUCGGAUGACAAGAUUCUACCUACAACAUAUGGUGAACUCAGGCCGCCUCUAGGGAAGCAUCGUUUAAAGAUUGUGGAAUUCAUUUCUGUGCUACUAAAAACUGGCAAUGAAGUUGCAGAGGAUGAAUUGAUCAGCUCUGGGACAAUUGAGAGAAUCCUGGAUCUCUUUUUUGAGUAUGCAUUUAACAAUGCGUUGCAUCAUCACGUAGAGAGUAUAAUAAACUCAUGCUUGGAAAGCAGAAACAGUAUACUCGUUGAUCAUCUUUUUAAAGAGUGUAAUUUGCUUGGAAAAAUUCUUCAAACAGAUAAACAGCCCACAGUUUCUGGCAGUGAAAGUCAGCCCACUUUUCCUGCUACUGGUAAACAAGCACCCCGAGUGGGUAACUUAGGGCAUCUAACACGGAUUGCUAACAAACUUGUUCAGUUGGGAAGCUAUGACAAUCGCAUUCAAGGAUAUCUUGAGAAAAAUAUGGAAUGGAAUGAUUGGCGCACUACUGUCUUACAGGAGCGUAAUAUACUCGAAAAUGUCUAUCGAUGGGCUUGUGGCCGGCCAACUGCAUUGCUAGAUAGGACAAGAGACAGUGACGAGGAAGAUGUUCAUAACCGAGAUUAUGAUAUAGCAGCUUUAGCAAAUAAUCUGAGCCAAGCAUUCCAGUACACAAUAUAUGAUAAUAAUGGCGCUCAAGAGGGUCAUGGAGCUCUUGAUCGAGAUGAUGAGGAUGUACACUUUGAUGAUGAGUCUGCUGAAGUUGUCCUGAGGUUGGGAGAUGACCAAGGGAGUAAUUUGUUCACAAAUUCGGAUUGGUUUGCUUUCCGAGACGAUAGAACUGGAGAUGAUCCCAAGAGCACCUCACCUACUGAAAUGAUGGGAGACAUUAACCUUAAUGGGGCAACAAAUGGUGGUAAUAGCUGUAGCGAUGAUGAGGUGGUAGUUGGAGAGCAGGACAAAUUGGCUGAGGGAAAAAGUUCUUCAGAUGGAAUGCCCAGUUCUAGUUCAGAUGCCUUCAAUGGAUUUGGUGGAACCAAUUCCGCUAAUGGUGGAGACUUCAAUCAACAAAGAGAGAAUGCAAGUGUGUCAGGUGACGACGGUUUCUUCCAUUUUGAGAUGUCAGUCAAUGAUUACCCAUUUGGAGACAGGCCUAUACCUGAAUGGGUUGCAUGGGGGAAUGGCUCAGUUGGUAGAUCCGUGAAUCCCUUUGAAGAUAAUGGUGACUCUAGCGGAAAUCUCGCAAAUUCAGGGGAGGCAGCAAUUCUCUCGAUUAGUUCCACUUCUUGUAAUGGUGGAGAGUCUAUUCCAAAUGGUGUGUCUAUAUCUCCCGAUUCUAGCAGAAGUUCGUCUGGAUAUGAUUCUAGUCAGAUAGCAGCAGCUGCUGUGCCGCCUUUGUUUGAAGAGGAUAUUGAAUUUGUUGGUGUGGAAUUAGAGGGUACUGAAAAGGCAAUGGAACAUGCUCUUAAGGAGGGGAUUGUUGGGGAAGCGUCUCCAUUGAAAAGGAGUUUGGUUCCUAAGAUGCCAGAAAAGGAUAGUACAGAUGAGGGCGGGUCAGGAGUGAAAGAAUUCAACGACGCAAACUAUUGGAGAGUUGACCCAGAAGUCGUAGUUCUGGAAUAACCGGGAAUUCAGUUGAUCUUUAUCUGAAUUUAGAAUUCAGAGUUGACACGCAGGAAACUCAUUUCCCGUUUUGUGAGGUUGUUAUACAGGUGUACAGUGUACUUUGUGUUUCAACUGGGAUAAGAAAAAGGAUAACAUAUUGGUUGUUGCUGAUUAUUUAUUGUUACAGUCUGUCCAGGUUUGCUUUUUCAUUAGUGAAAAUUUUGGUUUCUCAAUCGUGUAUAUUCAUUCGACUUUUGCGUCUUGUAGAAUGGAUUCUUGAGUAAUUUUGAUUAUCAAUAAGUAGUUUUGUACUUGUCCUCACUAACUAGUCAGUUUAAGGCACAAUUGUGGGAUGCUGAUUGAAAAGACUCUCAUCAACAUCUCUGCUCUUCUCUGUCCCAUGCUUUAUGAUUGGAUGAAAUAGUUCUAUCUUCAGCCUGAGUCGAAGGUAAUUAUAUCAAAACGUGUGCGGACUUGCAUGCUUUAAAUCAAGUCAUACUUCUAGGAGUAGAGGAAAUAUCUUUGUUUUUAUAUAAUUGUGUGGUCUAAUGGGUGGCGAUGUUAACCCUUAAACUAAACCCCCUCAAAUGGUUUGUGUUAAAGCAUAUAUUUUUCUUGUUGAAUCUAUCAACCCUUGCAUCAUUUGAAAUUUAGAUCAAAUUGAACAUUCCAAAAAACUUCUAGAGACCAUAGCAAUUGAAACAUCAGCUCAAGUAAAAUGCACGAACUGAAUUAUCAAGUCUGUGGCACAACUCUCACUCUGUAGAACCUUCUUUUGUAACUUUACGCUGGUUGGCCAUAAACCCCACAAGUGAUUGGACAAAAUCACCCAUGACUUUGGAACCAUCUAGAAGAGAAGAUUCUAGACCCAAAGCCCAUCAAAUUUUCCAACUUAUAUACUAUAGAUAUUACGAUAGUGCAAACCCAAGCUCAGUUUCACUGCUACUUUCAAUUUGAUUAAUCUUGUCCAGCAUGAUUGAAGUGGUACUGAAUGAUCGAUUGGGGAGGAAGGUGAGGGUGAAGUGCAAUGAGGACGACACAAUUGGAGACCUGAAGAAACUGGUGUUAGCACAAACAGGUACUCGUGCUGAUAAAAUCAGGAUCCAGCAGUGGUACACUAUUUACAAAGAUCAUAUAUAUAACCCUCAAGGACUAUGAAAUUCAUGAUGGAAUGGGUCUCGAACUCUACUAGAACUGAAUAAUAAUAAUCUCCUGUAUUUGCAUGCCCUUCUAUCCUUUAUUAAUCUGGUCAAUAGUUUGUUCCGUAACACGUUCUGGAGUCUUCGAAUUUCUCUGCCUUUAUGCAUUUGGAGAAAAUUAGGAGUGUCGAGUGAGAGUUGCAAAUUGCGAUAUAUGUGUUUCUCCAAUUCUUCAAUGUAAUCGUAUUUUAGCAUAUACUAGAAAAUUAGGUCGAAAAAUCAUCCACACAACAGGUUGUGGUACAUAAAUCCUAUGAGAAAAAUUCUAGCGAUCAUCGUAACAUGGUUGAAUGUGAUCUCUCAGGAUUUAUUACCAAAGUCUCGUGAUCAUCAUAACAUGGUUGAAUGUAAUCUUUAAGGAUCUAUGACAAAAUUUUAAUGAUUAUCAUAGUGUAGAAAUUUAUCAACACAUCA